UUGAUUUUCUGUAAAACUCAUUGAAGAUGUCAUUUCGACUGCUGUUAGCUGUAAGACGACCUUUAAUUAAGAUUUUCAAUGGAAACUGUUGUAUAUUUCGUCAGAUUUCUACUAAAAAAUUACAAUCUUUACCUGUUCAGGUCCUAGAUUCUAGGACCUUGAGAUUUACCUUAGGUAGCCAAAAUGGCGGCGCUUCCUGUAACCUCGAAUAAGAUCAAUUAGUGACAAUUAACAUAGAGGGAGCUGUGUAACAAUGUGUUGAUUUAUGUAAAUCGUCAAAUCAUAACGUGGUGUGUGUAUAAUGGUGUAUUAACUAAAUAAUAACGACGUAAUAGUUAUCGUGCCUUAAUAUUAACAUUCAUCGUUUUAUCAUUUAAUUUAAUAACAAUUAAAAAUAAUUAAAAUAAUUGUUAAAAAAUAUUAUCUGUUUUUACGAAUUUUUUGCUAUUAAUUAUCUAAUAAUGGAUCAUUUAGAUAUUAAAUCAGAAGAUUUUUGGAAAAAAUGCACAACUCGGCAAUUCUAUCAACUAUUAGAAUCUGAAUAUUUAGAAUUAGGAUUAGAUUCCAGAAUUAGUAGUGAUUUUAAAUUUGCCGUAAGUUUAGGUAUUCAACAUAUUGAGGACGUGUGUAAAAUAUGUUCAAAAAAAUGUAAAAUAAUGUAUAGAAGUGAUAGAAAUUCAUGUGUUUUGCGAUGUCAAUAUUGUAGGCAUAACAGUUCAGCCUUUGAUGGCACAUUUAAAGGAAAAUGUGGUAAAAUUUCAUGGGCAGCAAUAUUGUCAUUUAUAUGGCACUAUGUAGGAUUGGAAUGUACUUCAUCAAAUUCUGCUAUUGCCGCAGGAAUUUCUAAGAAGGCAGCGGUUGAUUGGUGUAAUUAUAUACGUUUUGUAAUGCUCGUUGCUUUGCAUAAUAUGACUUCGUUCAAAAUUGGAGGUCCCAACAAAACAGUGGAAAUAGAUGAAACUGUUAUAUAUAAGCAUAAAUACGAAAAAGGCCGUAAAUUAAAAAGUACCAAAUGGGUAGUUGGAGGUAUUUGUAGAGAAGACAACAGUUGCUUUAUUUGUCAAGUAAAUGACUUUUCAGAAACAACUCUCAAUUGGAUAAUAUAUAAGUUUGUAAAUUCAGGAAGUGUAGUUAAUACUGAUGAAUGGAAAGGUUAUAACAACAUAGAUAAAUUGGAAGGAAUAAAUAUUGAACACAGAAUGGUCAAUCAUUCAGAAAAUUUUGUGAACCCAGAUAUGGGGGUUCAUACCCAAAAUAUCAAGAGAUUAUGGGGUUAUUUAAAGAAUAAGAAAAAUUUGCCUAAACAUUAUACAGAGGAUCUUUCAGAUUCUUAUAUGUAUUCGUUCAUGUAUAAAAAGUUCUUGAAUUGGCCGUCAAAAAACCCUGGAGAAAGGUUUUAUAUUUUCAUUAAGCACUUACGUAAUAUAUAUCCCGGUUCUGGAAAAAUACCAAUAUGGAAAGAACCUGAGAGUGUACCUGCUCCUCCAGUAUCUAAAAAUAAGAAGAAAGGAAAAAAAGAAAAUGGAAAUAAAGGCAAAUUAACAGAUAAAAUGGAUAAAAAUAGGAAUGAUAAAAGAAAAUCUACUUGUAAAAAGGAGUCUACAUCGGAAAAAAUCAAACGUCAUAUAAAAGAAACUAGUGAUCAAUAAUGUAAGUAAUUUUAUUAUUUUGUAAUUUUAUAUAUUUAAUAAAUAUUGAAAUAUUUCCAAUCUCAGAAUUGAAGAAAGUAAAUCACGUAGCAUUAUUUUGAUUAAUUCUCAUUACGGAAUAGUAGGGUGACCGGAUAUUGAUAUAGUAAAAGUAGGACAUUUGAAGUUUUAUAAUGCUUCCCAGUAGGACAUUUGACAACCCAGCUUAAAAUAAUAAUAAUCGGUAGUAAAAAAAGCACAAAACACUAAAAAUUGAUAAGUAAAUAAUUUUAAAUUGAUAUACUACUCUUGUUGUUUUAAAUACUAUUCUUUGUUGCAAUUGUACCCAUUAUUUAAUAUAAAAAUAUGAAAAAAAAAAAGUUUAUUGUUAUUAUUAAUGACUACCUAGUAGUAGUAGUUAUCUCUGAAAGUAGGACAUUUCCAUUAGGUGGUAGGAUGUAGGACAAAAGGUUUAAUUAUAGGACAUGUCCUCCCACAGUAGGACGGGUUGACACCUUACAGAAUAGUAUUGAAAAUGGCGACAGGAAGCACUGCCAUUUUGGCUACCUAAGGUAAAUCUAACCAAUUUACUUUAAAUAAAAUUUUAAAUUUCUUAUUUUAUUGGUUAGUGCUAUAUUUAUUCAUUUCUUUUAAUCAAAAUAAAAUAAACAAAUAAACUUCUCAUUGAAACCAUUCUUCAAAAUCACAUCAAAAAUGACUUGAAGUAUCUAAUAUAAACCCAUUCACAAAUUUAUAAUCUACAGUUCAUAAGAUACCUUUUCUUGAAAAUUGCCUUGCAGACUAAUAAAUUCAGAGGACUCUUAUUAUAAUUAUAAUAGUAGUACUGUAAAUGGAAUUACAAUUAGUGGAAAUUCUGAUUCUGAUACUAGAGAGACAUGCAAUUAAAUAUUAUAUAACUUUGACUGAAUUACAAUUCAUAAAUCUGUUUUCUGUCUGCUGCUUUUUGCAGUAUCGUACAAGGUUUUAACAACAGUUAUUGUAUAAUUGAAAUAAAAAAUGCCAGCAAUCAAAACUACUGUACUAUGAACAAGUAACAAUUAAAACAAUAGCAAGAUGUUUGAAACACUGGUUAAAAAUGAUUUUGCAUUGAGGAUAAUAGCACAAAAAAAUAACUUAAGAAUACUCAUUUAUCUUAAAAUGAUAUGUCAAUAUUGUAUAUUUUUUAAAUUCAAUUUGCAUCUAUCCUUUCAUGUAUCCUUUAUUCUGCUGUUUUAAUUGAUCAUAGAUUCUUUUGUACUUAUCACUCAUACUCAGAAAAAUUAAUAAUUGGGCUGCAAGAUUAACUAUAUAUGAACUUCCAAUACAAACCGGAAGGCAUAUUAUUUUCAUUUCAAUUCAAAAAUUUU